AUGGUUAACUUGUCUGUUACUACUUUUUUAUCGUUUAUUUUGAUUGGCAACAUCUUUUGCCAGUUUCCACAGGGUCAGUUGGGGCAGUUGGGCGGGCUGGAUCAACUGCUGGGAUUUGUGGGGAAUGUGUUGAAUACGCUGCAACCAAGGCCUCAGGCGCCGCGGCCACCGCCUCCACCACCGCCGCCAAGACGUUGGCCGCAGCCACAACGGCCCAGAAGACCGCCACAGCCGCCUAAGGGUAAGCUAUAUAUAUAUAUAUAUACAUGUAAAUACUACAUAUAUGGUGGUAUUAUGCCAUAUAUAUUGUCAUCAAAGACAAAAGUUGAUCAAUUCCGCCUAAAAUGAAGCCAAUUCUCUUAAAAUUACUUUUUGGCAACACUCACAGCGCUGUCAUCAAAGAAAUUCAAAAAUUUUUUGUAAAAUGACGUCAUACUUUGACGAUUCUUUUUCAAGGAAAUUACUCGUAUUUUUUUUUAAUUUACCUUUAAAAUAGGAGUUCUAACAACAUUUUUCAACGAAAUCAAAACCGUUUUUUCGGAAUUUUAAUUUCAAGCCCAUUUCCGACGUGAUCACUUUUGAUACCUUUAAAAAGUAUUAUGGAUCACUUUUGAUACUUUUUCCCAAAAUUGCAUUUUUUGAAGAAAAAAGCAAAAAUUUCUAUUUUCUCUUUAAAAAAUUUACUUUUUCAAAGUAAAAUUGAAUUUUAUUCAAGAAAUUUUCCUUACGGGAAGUACUCCAAGUGCGACGCUUAGAUUUGGACGAAAUUUGGCACAAAUUUAGAAUAUUUUUUUCUGAGACAUAUACGAAACUCCUAGAUUGUGCUGUGUAGAAACGACCGAGAUUUUUAGCUCAAAAGUUGGAAAAAAUGUGAAUUGUUUUUGCCCGUCUAUUUCUACCGCAGAAGGUAAUGUUUCCACAAAAAAUCAAUUUUUUCCGCGCAAAACUGGCAAAGAUACGGGCAAAACCCGCUUUUCUCUCUGACUCUCCGCCUUUGGUGCACUCUCUCGAUCUUUUUUUUGAAUAUAUCGGCUCUCUCUCUCUGCAAAAUGCGAUUGGAGCUGAACUCUCCUCUUUUUCUGAACUCUCCGCCAAUCCGAACUCUCCCCUUUUUUAAACUCUCCCCAUUUCCUUCUUUUUGAACACUCCCCUUCAUUUUGAAAAUUGAAAAAAUAAGGUGUGACAUGUUAUACGAUGAAAGUUUUUUGGAUAUUGAAAAAGUUAGGUGUGACAUGUUAUACGAUGAAAAAAAUUUUCAAGUUGAGAAAAAUUAGGUGUGACAUGUCAUAUAAUGAAAAAUUUUUGGAAAUUGAAAAAAUUAGGUGUGACAUGUUAUACGAUGAAAAAAAUUUCAAAUUGAGAAAAACUAGGUGUGACAUGUUAUACGAUGAAAAAAAUUUUUGGAUAUUGAAAAAAUGAGGUGUGACAUGUUAUACGAUGAAAUUUUUUCUCGUUGAUUAUUUUCCCGACAGACUGAUAACACUAUUUUUUCGUUGAUUUUUCACCACAACAAGUUUUACGUCACGUUCUCGGAGACGUCUGCUCUUGUUACACUCAGCUUUCAUUACUUCCUGAAACUUAUUUGACAAACAAAAACACAUCACGUUUCUGAUCGUCAAUUUCAUUUUUUCAGAGCAACCGCCUCCCGCCGAUCUUCGUGGACCGCCUGGAAUCCCGGACGCUGAUGUUGGCACUCCUCAUGGACCUCCUGGAUUUUAA